GGCCUGUGAGUGCUUCAUAUUUGUAAACAAGGGUCAGUGUGAGGGAGGCAGCGUGACGCGUCAUCACGCCAACAGCCGUCGGCAGGAGGUGGAGGCCCUUCACGCUAACUGUGCCUCGAGUAGCACCUCACUGGUCACCAACCACACAUCAUCAAGAUGGAUGAAGAAGCAGUUAUCAACAAGGAAGAAUUCACUAUAGAUGAUGAAAGCAACAGUUAUUUGAAUCAACAAAAAUUGCUUGUUUUAGCACAACUUGAUGCUGCCUUAAUAUUACCACCUAAUCCUUACACUGAAAUAUGUACUAAUGACAAAAGCAUAAUCAAACAUUCAAGUGUGGAUGUGAAAACUAAUUCUAGACCAGACAGUGCUAGCAAUCAUAAAGGUGAAUUAGGUAAUAUAACAAACUCCUUGGAUACUAUGUUGCUUUCAAUACCAAUUGGACAAGACACACAAAAAUCAGAAGAAACUCUUAGCAAUUUAACUGCAGCAGAGAUGAAUGUAUCUAAGUGUACUAGGCAGUAUGAUAACGGACUAUGUGAAGUAAGUGUUACAGAUAGUAAGUGUGAAGUAGCAAUACAACAUGAUAAAGAAUCUUGUAAAACAAAUGUUUCAUUGAAUAAUUAUGAAGGGAAAAUACAGCAUGAAAAAGGACCUUGUAAUGUAAAUGUUUCUAUUAAUAAUCAUGAAGGGACAAUAGAAUUUGAUGAAGGAGCAUCUGAAGUAAAUAAAACAGUUAGUGAUCAGGAAGGAACAAUAGCACAUACUAAAGGUCCAUCUGAAGCUAGUGGUCAAGAUACAGAGAUGGAUGCUGCGAGACAAGAACAAAAUAAUUACUGGCCAGCCUUGAAGUUCACGUUUGAUUCACCAGUGAUGGCACUCGAUUAUAAAGAAGAAUACAGUGCCCCAAAUGUUAACUUUACAAAGGGAUGCAAAUGGUCACCAGAUGGUUCCUGUCUGCUGGUGGGGAGUGAUGACUGCAAAUUACGUCUUCUGAAUCUACCUGCACCAGUUGUUCAGAGAGAGUUUCAAAGCGAGUCUUGGUUUAUGGAAGAAUCUAAAAAGUAUGCUAAAGCUGCCAUUACUGUACAGGAAAGGGAAUUGAUAUAUGACUUUGCAUGGUUUCCACUGAUGCAGUCCAAUGAUCCUCGCACCUGUUGCUUUGCCGUGACAUGCCGAGACCAACCAGUUCAUUUAUGGGACGCCUGGAAUGGUAAUCUCAUCUGCAGUUAUCAUUCAUAUGACCACCUUGAUCAGCUGGUAGCAGCUUACAGUGUUGGGUUUAGUGAAGAUGGAUCACAACUUGUGUGUGGCUUCAGCAAGUGCCUCCGUGUCUUUCACACCAGUCGUCCAGGAAGACACUUUGAAAGCAUAGAUGCCAAGGGUCAACCGGGUAUAAUAUCAUGCAUGGCCUUUAACCCACAGCUGCCAUCUGUCUUUGCUGCUGGCAGCUACCUUGGCACGUUGGGUCUGUACAAUCUUCAGAGUAAUAGUCUGUUCUGCCGGUUGGAAGGGUGUCAGGGCGGGGUGACCCACAUUCAGUUUUCUGCUGAUGGCACCCAGCUGUUCUCUGGAACCCGAAAGAAUGAUGAAAUUCUUUGCUGGGACAUCAGAAAUCUUGGACAAAUACUAUGUGCAUACAGACGAAAAGUUUCUACUAAUCAAAGAAUGUACUUUGACUUGGAACCACAACUGAAUAGCUUUCUUGUAUCAGGAAAUACCGAGGGUCAAGUAUUAAAGUGGGAUUUGGGCCAGAGUAAUGAAGGCACUUCUACAUAUGAAGAUAUACCCAUGUUGUUGCCUUCGUCAGCAUUUACUGCCCAUAAAGACUGCACUAAUGGAAUAAGCAUUCAUCCUUAUUAUCCCAUCCUGGCUACCAGUUCUGGACAACGACACUUUCCAGAACCAGUAUCAGAAUGUGAUUCAGAUUCCAGUUCUGAAAGUGAAGUGCCCAAACAGCUGUUUACCUGGAAGAAGAUAGUGCACGAGUGCUCAGUCAAGCUCUGGUGGCUUGGAGGAUUAUGAGUCUGUAGCAAGACCCAACUCCAAAACUUUUUGACAAGUUUCAAUAUCACAACAGAAGUCUUAUAUCCAUCCAUAAGAUAUUUUUAAUUUCCAAUUGUAAAAUGUUGAUAAUAAAAGUGUUGAUUAUA